CGUAUAUUUCCACGCCCAAUUGCGUUGAUCCAUCCAUCCAAUCAGCUCAUCACCCACCUCCCCUCCUCGCUCGAUCCACCGCUUCCAUCUUCCUCGCCUCCAUCAACCGAAGCGCGUAGUUCGUCCGUCGAGCUCGCGUGAUGGUGAUGGCCGCGCGCAAGCGACCUGCUGCUGCCGUCCUCGGCGCCGGCCACGCCACCACCACCCAAGGAUCGCCGACGCGCUGCAAGAGGAGCCGCGUCAACAACAUCCGGAGCAGCUGGGAGGACGGGUCCGCGGAGCCCCCCGACACCACCGAGCUUCUGCGAGAGGCCGGAUUCCUCGAGGCCUGCGACAGGAACCCUUACGUCGUCGGCUUCGAGGGCCUGGUGCGCGACCCUGAUAACGGCGCCUACGGCCUCGUCAUGGAGUACGUCGCCGCGCCGACCCUCCAUGAGUUCCUGUGGAACAGGCGCCGCGGCGGCGGCCCGCCGCUGCCGGAGUCCACGGUGCGCGCCAUCAUGUGGAAGCUCUUCACCGGUGCCAAGAAGAUGCACGACCGCCACGUUGUCCACCGCGACAUCAAACCGGCCAACAUCCUCAUCGGCCAAGAAGGGGAGCUCGUCAAAAUCUGCGACUUUGGGCUGGCGAUCUCCUUGUCCGAGCUGCCGCCGUACAACCAGGCCGGCACGGCGUUCUACUUGGCACCCGAGCUGCUGGGGAAGGAAGACUACGACGCGCUCGUCUACACGUGGUCUCUCGGCUGCGUCAUGGCCGAGAUGCUCACCGGCAAGACGCUGUUCCUCGGCGAUGAUGAUGAUGACGACGAUGACGACGACACAAACAAUGAGAUCAUCCAACUCUGGAGCAUCUUCCGCUUGCUCGGGACGCCGGACGAUAGGACGUGGCCGGAGUUCACAUCGUUGCCGCACACCGCCAAGGCCCUACGACUCCUACCGCCGGGGCACAAGGAGAACAAGCUGCGGGACCUGUUCCCUCAAGAGAAGCUGUCCGACGAAGGAUUCCAGGUGUUGCAAGGCCUCCUCACCUACAACCCCGACAAGCGACUGACGGCGGCCGCGGCCCUCAAACACCGAUGGUUUGCUGCUCCUCGUCGCGCACCCGCCGCGGCAAAGGUCGACGCUUUGUCGUUUCUGGUAAAGAAGGCACCAAGGAUCAAGUUUUCAUCCCGCCGGCCAUGCCACAGAAGAAUCUACUCAAAAUUCCCGUCGCUGUGUGGAACGCAGCACAACAAGUGUAAUUGA